AAGAAACCCAGAGAGCUCUUCUGUUUGGUGUUGAACCUUCGCUGAUGAAAGCCCACUGCUGCCAGUUCAGAUCAGCUUAAUGACUUUGUUUGACCUCUAGCAUGUGGAAUCAAGGCUGCAGUCAGGCCAGUGGUGAAACCUUGAACCACAAAGCUACAUCAUCAAAGAAAGCACACCUUGAGAUUUUCCCCUGCACCGUCUCUCAGCUGCUGGCUGCUCCUCAACUCUGCAAAGAUUCCUUCACUAUCUGUGACUGUGAGCUCAAACAGGUUUCUGUUGUUGGAGUCAUCAGAGGAUUUGCUCUUUUUGAGACCAAUGUCCAGUACACCGUGGACGACAUGACCGGUCCACCCCUGAAUGUGAAGCUAUGGGUUAACAUGGAGGAUUCUGCACGGACGACUGUAGCUUCUCCAGGAAUGUAUGUGAAGGUGAUUGGAAGCCUGCGCAGCUACAGUGAACAGAGGUCGCUACUGGCAAUGAAUGUCCGACGUGUAAAGGACCUGAAUGAGAUCAGCUCCCACAUGUUGGAGGUGGUACAAGCUCAUAUGCAGGUUUUCAGAAAGGUCUUUGAUGUGAACAUGAACCUCACUGUGGUGCCGCAACCUGACUGGAGCAGUGGGACGCGUCCUCGAGGCGUUUUACCAAAUGGUUUGUCUACAGUCCAGGGCCAGGUGUUGCAUCAAAUCCAAGUGUUCUCUGUCCAUAAUGAUGGCAUCAAUUUCCAUGACCUGACAAGAAACCUGGACUACAUUAGCAUUGGAGACAUUAGAUCUUCCUUGGCUUUCCUUGCAAGUGAAGGUCACAUCUUUUCCACCAUUGAUAAGCAUCAUUUCAAGGCAGUAUAACUUCAGCUGCCUCUGGGGAAAAAAAACGACAACAUAAAAACUAGUCCUGGACCACGUGUGGGACAAAGCUUGAUUUAUUUAUUUUGUUAAACUGAAUUGCAAUCAAUUUUCUUGUAAAUGACUUUUAGAUUGAAGUGGGGUUUUUUGUCUUGUAUUAUGUAUGCACCAUUCCCAUCUGAACUCACCUUUUUUUCUUUUUAUUUUGACUAAUCAAUUAUUUAACAUCAAAUCAAACGGAGAGCACCUUGUUAGCGCUGUCAGGAUCAACUUAUCCUCCGACUUGUUUGGCCACAAAUGUGUCGACGCUGCA